AUGGACCCGUUAUCGGCUACAGCGAGCGUUAUUGGAAUUAUUCAACUGACUGGGGCGAUUGUAAAAAUAUGCGGGAGUUAUAUCCAUGAAGUGAAGAACGCAAAACAGGACAUCAUUUCCUUACAACAGGAAAUUGUGAGUCUUGCAGGAGUUCUCGAGAAGCUUUCACAGCUUCUUCACAGUUCAGACAGCACGAGACUGGCUCCUUCUCAGACACUCGUCAGUGAUAUCAUUCGUUGUCUUUCGACUCUCGAAGCCUUGAAAGACAGGGUUGAUCCGGGGAUGGGUAAGAAAUUAAUGGGAAGGCUGGGUGUACGAGCUCUGAAAUGGCCCCUACAACGCGAUGAAGUGGAAAAGACCAUUAAGGACCUUGAGAGAUAUAUAUCACUGUUUACCUUAAGCUUGCAAGUUGAUCAGACCACACUCAUGACCAGUAUGCUUCAGACCACCGAUCAUAUUGACCAAAAGAUCGACCUUGAAAGGUUACCAAUUGCGCAUGGUGCUGAGUUUGACUCAUAUAUGGAUCAACAUGAAGGUGAAUGCCUUCCGAACACUAGAACUGAGUUCCGCCGCGAGAUCGCGGAAUGGGCCGUUUCGCCGAAAGGAAAAUGUAUCUUCUGGCUGAAUGGUAUGGCUGGGACAGGGAAAUCCACAAUUUCUCGAACGGUGGCAAAAUCCUUUAAAGAAGAAAACCUCCUGGGAGCUAGUUUCUUCUUCAAAAGGGGUGAAGGGAGAGAGGAGUGCGAUGAGGGCUUGAAAUCCUCCAGCCACCAGGCACUAAAUAUGGUAGUAGUGGUUGAUGCAUUAGACGAAUGUGAACGUGACGGUGACAUACGGCUCAUUCUACAACUAUUACCACAAGUACAACAAUUAGGCUCUGUGCAGCUACGGUUCUUUCUCACAAGCAGGCCUGAGCUACCUAUUCGUCUUGGCUUUAGGGAUAUCACAGAUAAUCAUCAGGAUUUGAUUCUUCAUGAGAUUCCCCGACCACUGAUAGAGCACGAUAUAUCCCUAUUCUUGAAGCACAGACUUUCAAAAAUCAGGAAGGACCAAUCUUUGUCUGAUGACUGGCCUGGAGACACCAAUAUCAAAACUCUAGCUCAGAUGUCAGUUCCAUUAUUUAUUUUCGCUGCCACUGUGUGCCGUGUAUUCGAGGACCAGAAUCUGGACCCUGAGAAAAGCCUUGCUGAGAUCCUUCAGUAUCAGAAUGAAGAAUCAAAGUUAAAUGGCACCUAUCUUCCGGUUCUAAAUCGACUGGACAUAUAUGAUGGGAACAGGAGAAAGCAGCUAGUUGAAGAAUUCCGGGAAGUUAUUGGCGUCAUUAUUCUCCUUGAGAAGCCACUUUCGGUCGUUUCGCUCUCAGAGCUUAUCGGCAUUUCUAAGAAGUCAAUUUAUUUCAGACUUAGGUCCUUAUACUCAGUUCUGAGUGUACCGGAGGAUGAUACCCAGCCAGUGAGGCUCUUUCACCUAUCAUUUCGAGACUUUCUUCUUGACACAGAAACCCGAAAAAAGUCCUCGUUCUGGAUAGAUGAGAAGGAUGUACAUCGGAAACUGACUAUUCACUGUAUUAACGUCAUGCAGCGUAACCUAAAAAAGAAUAUCUGCAACUUGCCUAACUAUGGAACACAACGCAGCGAGAUCGACAUGCACUCUAUCGAUCAGUACCUACCAGCGGAACUUCAAUACUCCUGCCGGUAUUGGGUACACCACCUUGCAAAAAGUGAAGAUCCUGUCGCCGGAAUGAACAACGCGUUCUCAUUUCUUCAAAAGCACUUUCUUCACUGGCUGGAGGCAAUGGGCCUUCUGGGUAUUAUAUCUGAGGUUGUAGGGGCGAUUAGUACCCUACAAUCGUUGAUAAGAGGCGAUAGGAGUUCCGAAAUAUCAGAAUUCAUACAGGACGCGAAACAGUUUACUUUAAAAAACAGACAGAUGGUGGACACGGCCCCCCUUCAGCUUUAUAACUCAGGACUUGUGUUCGCGCCGAGAACGGCAGUAACCAGGAAAUUUUUUGAGAUGGAUUUCCCUAAGUGGCUGUCUAGGUUGCCAAAUGUCGAGGAAACUUGGAGUGCGCAUAUACAGGCUCUCGAGGGUCAUGGACAUUGGGUUACUUCGGUGGCGUUCUCACCUAAUGGCCAACUACUGGCGUCGAGCUCUCUUGACAAAACCGUCAGACUUUGGGAAACGGCUACUGGGGCUCUAUACCAAACCCUCGAGGGUCAUGAUGAUGGUGUUACAUCAGUUGUAUUCUCCCCAGAUGGCCGGUUAUUAGCAUCAGCUUCUCGUGACACAGUUAUCAGACUCUGGGACAUGGUCACCGGGGCUCUACAGCAAACCUUUGAGGGCCAUGACGAGUGGAUUGAAGCAGUAGCAUUUUCUAUAGAUGGCCAGCUACUAGCAUCAAGCUGUUCUGGGUCAUUUAAACUCUGGGAUGUGACUACUAGAGCUUUAAAACAGACUAUUAAGGCAGAUUGGUACGGUUAUCCAGUGUUCUCACCUGACGGCCGGCUACUGGCAGUUGCGUUUCACGAUAAUACUAUCAGGCUCUGGGACGCAGGUACUGGAGCUCCACAGAGGAUUCUUAAGGGUCACAGAGAUUCAGUUAAUUCCAUAAAAUUUUCACCAGACGGCCAGAUAUUGGCAUCGAGUUCUGAUGAUGGAACCAUUAUACUCUGGGACGCUGCUACAGGAGCUCCAAAACGGUCCCUCAACGCGCGGCAGAUUAUCGAGGAUGAUGAAAGUUGCUUUAGUUUGGUGGCAUUCUCACCGGACAGCCAGCUACUAGCAUUGUGUUUUCAUCGCGAUACAACCAUCACACUUUGGGACACAAUUACUGGAGCUGUACAGCAGGUUCUCGAGGGUCAUAGAGAUUCAAUAACGGAGGUGGCAUUCUCACCAGACGGCCGGCUACUAGCAUCUAGUUCUGACGAUAACACUGUUAGGCUCUGGGACAUGGCUACUAGAGCUCAGCAGACUCUCAAGGGUCAUGAACAGGAGAUUAUAUAUAGUUCUGGCGAUAAAGCCGUUGGUCUCUGGGACACGACCACUAGAGCUCAGCGGACUCUCAAUGGCUACGGAAAAGAGGUUAUAUCAGUGACAUUCUCCCCAGACGGCCAGCUGCUAGCAUCAAUAUCACUUGAUGGCAAAACGGUUGAACUCUGGAACGUGGUAACUGGAGCUCUAAAACAGACCCUCGAGGGAGAGUCGUAUUCUAUGGCAUUCUCAUCAGACGGCCGGCUACUAGCAUCAGGUUCGUACAAAACUGUUAGGCUUUGGAACGUGGCUACUGGGGUUCUACAACUCGCCGUCGAGUGUCAUAGUAAUUUAGUUCUGUCAGUGGCAAUCUCCCCGAAUGGCCAGCUGCUAGCAUCAAGUUCUAUGUUCAGGGUUAAGCUCUGCGACGUGGCUACUGGGCUUUUACUGCAGACUAUCGAGGGCCAUAAUCGUGACAUUACGUCAAUGGCAUUCUCACCUGAUAACCAGGUCCUAGCAUCGGGUUCUAAAGACAAAACCAUCAAGCUUUGGAAGGUGGCUACCGGAGUUCUACAGCAAACUCUCAGUGACCAUAGACAUAAGGUUACGUCAGUGGCAUUCUCCCCAGACGGCCGGCUACUAGCAUCAGGCUCCAGAGACAAAACCCUCAGGCUCUGGGAUGCUGCCACUGGCGCAUCACGACAUAUCUUUGAUACAAAAGACACAGCUACUAGCUUGAAGUUUUCCGAAGAUGGCUCGUAUCUAAACACCAACCUGGGAUCUCUAAGCAUACGGCUAUCUCAAGAUCAUACCUCUUUCUCGGUUGAAAGUAUUAUGGAAAUACUCAUACUAGACCAGUGGUUAACCCUUAAAGGGGAAAAUGUACUAUGGCUUCCCCCUGAAUAUCGACCAACUUGCGUUGCAUUCAGGGGUCGUAUAAUUGCCCUUGGACAUGUGACUGGACAGGUUUCUUUCCUAGAAUUUUGUAUGCAAUAG